AUGGACUGGGACAAGCGCGACACUCCAAGCGGCAGCAGGAGCGCUCAUACCAGCAAGAUCGCACCCAGUGACAGUACAACAACCGUGACCAGGCAAGAUGGACGGAGAUCUACUCCAUGUUGGACUCGUCAAGCGACGAGCAAGAGGAGGCGUUCAGCAACGACCACGAGAUAUCGGAAGCCGAUAUCGCUAAUGUGGUUGUCGACGCUGACUAGGCCAAGUUUAGGAGGCAGCAUGUCUGCAAGCGCUGCGGCACCCACUAGCCUACUACGUCGAGAUCGUCAACAAGGUCGAGGAACACCCACCGCGACGGUAUUCGCCCGACUGCCUGGGAAGGCACGACAGUAUCCCACCGGGGCGAGCAAUCAACUCACCCUCCCUACUAGUUCUACAAGAGAAAACGGGAUUCUGUUUCCAGGAUCCAGGCCGCCACCAACAAGACCGCCCACCACCCACCUCGCUGCCCUUGGUGCCGCCACCCGCCAUGGAGAGCUUUCAUGCAAGCAAGAAGGCCGUUGGGUCGCUCUUUUCGACGAGUGGGAAAAGGAGUAG